ACAAAAUAAGAACUUAUGCAUCGAUUCGUUCUCAGUUAUGCUUAGUUACACAGUUUUGUGGGUCCGGUCGAGCCCCGUCAAGCUGAACAUAAUACGCCUUUUGUAGGAGAACAAUAUUUCUACAGACAGCAGAAUGGAACUAACAAAUUUGGUUGACUAAGUGAUAAGAUUUUUAAUAAUGAAGACUUACGAAUACACAAUUACUGUUAUGAUUGACUAUAUACGCAGAUGUAUUUUUUGGUUCCAUACGACUAAAACAAUAUAAGAAAACAUAAUUUGUAACUUUUAUUAUGAAAAUUAAUGUUACAGGAAGUAACCGCCUUCUUAUUGCGACUUAUUUCCUGUUCAGAGCCGUCCGAAGUUCGCGAUCCAUUCUAGGAUUAGGUGUGCUAGCAGUAAACAGUAUAGUUUUGUUGUGAUAUUUUGAAGGAUGGCGUCGCAGCCUCCUCCAAAGCCUUGGGAAAGACGGAUACCAGGCGCGAUUCCAGGACCAGCCAACUAUCAGUCCACGGAUCUGGGCCCGGCCCGAUUCUCCAGGCCGGGUCCCCCGGUGAUGACGCGGGUGGCGCCGCCCGUCCCGCCCCGGGCCGUGCAGCCGUCGGGCCUGUCGGCGUACCGGCCCGCGUACGGCUCGCUCUCCUCCCCCUACGGGGGGUACGGGGGCUCCCUGUACGGCGGCUACAGCCCGUACGGCGGGCUGGGCUACGGGCACUACCGCGCGGAGGAGCCGGCCCCCAGCCGCUUCGUGCGGCAGGCGGAGGAGAGCAGCCGCGGGGCCUUCCAGUCCAUCGAGAGCAUCGUGCACGCCUUCUCCUCCGUCAGCAUGAUGAUGGACGCCACCUUCUCCGCCGUGUACAACAGCUUCCGCGCCGUGCUGGACGUGGCCAACCACUUCUCCCGCCUCAGGCUGCACUUCACCAAGGUGUUCUCCGCCUUCGCGCUGGUGCGCACGCUGCGCUACCUGUACCGCCGGCUGCAGAGGAUCCUGGGACUGCGGAGGACCUCGGAGGCGGAGGACCUGUGGGCCGACAGCGCUGGCGCCGUGGCCGUGUCGGGGGGGGCGGGGGGGCUGGGGGGGGCGGCGGACCCCGCCGGGAACUCCGUCAAGUCCUGGCCCAUCUUCCUCUUCUUCACCGUCAUCCUCGGCGGGCCCUACCUCAUCUGGAAGCUGCUGAGCUCCACCGAGGGGGCAGAGGAGAUCACCACAAACUGGGCGAGUGGGGAGGACGAGCACGUGGUCGCCAGGGCGGAGUUCGACUUCACCGCCGCUUCUGAGGAGGAGAUCUCCGUGCGCGCGGGAGACAUGCUGAACCUGGCGCCCAAGGAGCAGCAGCCCAGGGUUCGAGGCUGGCUGCUGGCCAGCGCUGACGGGCAGAGCACGGGCCUCGUGCCCGCCAACUACGUGAAGGUCCUGGGGAAGAGGAGGGGCAGGAGGCAGGCGGAGCUGGAGUCCGCCGCGGUGCCGGAACAACCGCCGUCGUCACAGCAACCGCCGGGACCGCCCCCUCUCCGCGGCCCCGCCCGCCUCGGCCUUGGGGAGCAGGAGGAGGAGCAGGAGGAGGAGCUGGAGUCCGUGUUCAGGGAGGUCCCGGCGGGCCCCGCCCUGCCGCCCGCUGACACGGCCGACAGGAUGGACCUGUGAGGCCUUAUCGCUGCAGGGAGAGAGACUCUCCAGCCCCCCUGCCCGAAUGUCUCCUUCUCCUGUCAGCCCACCUGCCCCAAUGUCUCCUUCUGUCAGCCCACCUGCCCCAAUGUCUCCUUUUCCUGUCAGCCCACCUGUCCCAAUGUCUCCUUCUGUCAGCCCACCUGUCCGAAUGUCUCCUUCUCCUGUCAGCCCACCUGCCCGAAUGUCUCCUUUUCCUUUCUGUAUCGGGUGUGGGGGGGGAUGGACUGGCUCUACUUUAACCGUCUGUGGGGACAGGCGAAAAGCAGUCUGGGGUCUUCACAAAUCUGAUGUGAGUUGGGUUUUGGCUCAAUUGCCGAUUACUGUACUGGGCAUUUAAAGAAUGCGGGUGAAAUCUCGCCCCGCACGGAUGUUUGCUGAUUUGGUGGAGAAUGCGGGCAGUAUAACUCAGCAGCACGGAGUGACAUACUGCAUACUGCGUACUGCAUACUGCAUAGUGCACUGACACUUAAAGCUUUGUGUGGGUAGUAUGUACAUUUGUUUGACGAGUUCUUUAGUUCUUAUAAAUUUAUGUUCUUAAAAAAAAAAAAAAACUGUGGAAAAAGUGUCUGAAAGCAUCUUCAGUGUGAAAUGUAUGAUAACUGGGAACGCAGCGAAACUUCCACUGUCCUUAAUUACGCUUAUCCGAUAUAUUAUUAUAUUAUGUCUUGGAAAGUGGUCAAAAUCAGAAUAGUGAAGGAUGUUCAGCAGGAGUGUUUCUGUUUCUGGAUUUCAGACCAACUUCUGCUCUUAAAUGUAAUAAGCCCAAUCAUUUACAUGAUCUCUCAUUUAUAGCCACAUUCCGUGAUAUACACAGAAACAGCAGCUGAUACAUUUUCUUUUCUUGUUGCAUUUUGUUGUGGUCUAAUUCAUGGGUGAAUCGAUCAUGGUGCAUAUGGCUAAUUAGCUGACUGAGCCAUGGUAACUGGUGGCAGCAAAAUCCUGCAGACACUGCAGCCCUCCAGGACUGGAGUUAAACCUGCAGACACUGUGGCCCUGGAGUUGUCCAUCCCUGGUGUACAGAACAUGAAUGCUGCUGUAGAUGAAUAAAUACAUGAUGUACAGAUUUGAUGCAAAGCAGAAAUGAAGAGGAUGUUGUAUGCGCUGUGUGAACAUGCAUGUGGUAAAGUUAAAGGUACAAUAGGUCAUUUCUAACGGUCAAGAGAGGAAUAACAGCAACAAACAUGCUCAAACCACAACACUAUUUAUCCCUCCCCCUUUUCUGUAAAUGCACUGACGUUGAAACGCCAUUAGCUGUGGCAAUUAGAACCUAUGAGCUAGAAUUAUUGUACAGUUAUACAAUGUUUUGGUACAGUGUGUUGGGCGUCAACUGCCUAUUUUUAAACCUGAAUUUAAGGACUAUGAACACAGGCAGAGGGUGAGUGAACAUGUCAGUGAGCCUUUUUCAAUGAUAUUAAGGGAUUUACAAUGGUCUUGUAACAACGUUUUAACAAAAAUCUAACCUGUUGUACCUUUAAGUGUGAUUCGCUCAAAGCCAUAAGUCUGCUUCACAGGGCACUAAUGACUGUAGCUGUAGGUACAAUUAUCAGGUCAUUUUAACUUGAAAAGGGUCAGUAAGUGAUUGAAUAAAACCCUCUGGAAAGUGGUUUGAUGAACCAAGCACCCUCUAAAGGCUGUGUAUAGUAACUUCGAUAUGGCCAACCAUGCACGUUCCCUAAGUUUCAUUUUCUCCCUGAUCAAGGUGCCUUAAAUGGCCGUCUAUAACAUCGUUGUAAAGUUUAUCCUUCCAACAAUUGGUCUUGAUUUUGUCAUGUUAGUCACGGCAGCUGUGUCACCUGCUCUCCAUUAUUGAAGUUAUUCUGCUGUAAUAAGAGCCGAGUGACUUUGUUCAAAAUGGCUUCUUGUUGAGACGGUUUUGUGCUUCGAUGUCCAUAUCAGUUGAGCCAGUGUGGAUGUUCUGAAGGGUUUUGCACACGUCUGGAGAUCAGCUCGUUCAAAUGUUGAAAUGUUAAAGGCAAGUUGCAUGUGUCGACAUGAAAGAAAAUGCUGAUUUAAUUUGUAAAAAAAAACAAAACACAAAGAAAAAAAAAUUGCUUUGACUUAAUUUUUUUUUUAAUUGCUUGUCCCCUUUUUGUUGUAAGCUCUUUUAAAUCUGGGAAUUGGUUCACCUUUUGCAUAACAAUCUGUACUGAGAUACUGUAUCAAAACUGAUAAAAACCGACCUUAAAUGUCACAUUUGUCUAUCCGAAGUGGCCUGAUUUUGGAAGAUUAAUCAUACCAUGGUUAGUAAUGUAAAAUAGAAAAAUUAUACUCAUAAUUAUUUUGGCAAUAAAAAGGUUUGAAAACAAAA